UAGAAAAGCAACGCAUUAUUAAAAGGUAAAAUUCGCAAUAAGUGUUGACAGAUGGACAAGGAAAACGGACCAGGUGACCAUUUAAAAAAACAGACGUUAGGCGAUGAGGAGGAAAAGAGCCCCCAAACGCCAGCCAUUCUGGCAGCGCUGAAUUUGAUCAAAAUAAAAGAGGUAAAUAAAAAACGUGCGAAUUGACAAAGAGGUAAUAAUUUCAUGUGCAUUUCGCAGCUUCAGAACGAAACUUUAGAUUCGUCUCCGCAAAAAGACAUUCUGGAACCUAAAACGGUCAUCCAAGACCAUAGAAGUGGGGCUGUUCUGCAAAUGGGUGCAAAACCACGUUUCCCACUUCAGGAAAUAGCAGAUACCCCGAAGAUCAAAUUGGAAGGCGUUACGGUUUCUUUAUUGCACAGUAAUGCCAUUUGCUAUAGGAAUGUUUCCAAAAUGGACAAAUCGAAUUCUUCCCAGCUCCAGGAGACAUCAGAUACAAAAAUACAAAAAGUCCAACAUUCCCCCGAUCAGGAGGAGAUCAGCAAGAAAGAUGAGUCGAAGGUGCAAGACGACCCAGUAGAGGGUAUACAAGAACAUGGAUCAAUUUCUGAAAAUAUAAACAUAAUUCGAAAGUUGCAGUUUGGGCGCUACGAGAUCGAAACCACGUUUUCCAGUGCGUAUCCUGAAAUGGACGACAAGGUGCCCAACAUUUACGUUUGUGAGUUCUGCCUGAAAUACAUGUAUUUGCGAACAAGUUACUCCUACCACCUGUCCGAUUGCAAGAUAAGGCGUCCGCCGGGCAGCUUGGUAUACAGAAAGGACGAUAUUCAUAUCUACGAGGUCGAUGGCAACAAAGAGCUGCUGUAUUGCCAGUUCCUCUGCCUUAUGUCCAAGCUCUUUCUGGAAAACAAGGAAACGCUUUACACCCCGAAUCUGUUCUUGUUUUAUAUACUGUGUUUAAAGGACAAGGAUGGCGAGCACCUUGUAGGUUACUUCUCCAGGGAGAAGAAGUCUACGCCGAAUAUCAACCUUAAUUGCAUCGUUGUUUUACCGCCCUACAUGCGCAGGGGCUACGGAAAGCUGCUGAUUGACCUCAGCUACGAGAUCUCUCGCAAGGAGGGAGUCAUCGGAGGUCCCAAGAAGCCGCUGUCGGAAGUUGCCAGGCUUUGUUACCUCAGUUAUUGGGGCCACAACCUCCUCGAACUGUUGAGGCGCCACUCCUCGCCGGCCUUGAUAGCCAUCGAACAGCUGAGCGAAACGACUGGCUUCCUCAAGAAGGACAUAAUGCUCACUCUAAAAUUCAUGAAGAUAGCGACGUACUACAAGGAUGGCUGCACCAUGUGCACUACUCCAUCGAUAAUCGAAAAUCGCCGUAGGCUCGUGAAGUUUAAGAAACCCAGGCUGAUCAUUUAUAGAAACUGCCUCGCCUGGAAGACAACCACAGCCGAAGAGUAG